AUGGCAUCUACUCCGGACUCGACGCCGUCUGAUUUGGCGCACUUCUUGAGGAUUCCAUGGUGUGCGAAAUAUCUCAAUGAGCCGCUCGUUCAUGUGUGGGCCCCGCCACCUAGCCGCAUCCUAAAACCUACCGGAGAGGAUACACUGUGGUCUACAACUCUCAAUACACGUGAAACUUUCUCGGCUUUCAUCGCAUUUUACAACAAGCCUGAGCAACCAACUGCAAGAGUCGACCAAGUGAGAGCAUUCCUUACUGCAGACCAUGGUCUCCAAGGCUAUCCUGGCGUCAUCCACGGAGGUAUCGUGGCCACCAUCCUGGAUGAGGUGACCGGCUUGCUACCAACACUGAACCGGGAUCGCACUGCUUUCCCCAAGAUCUCAUACAUGACUGCUUAUCUAAACACGACAUAUCGCCAACCUGUGAGAACGCCUGCGACGAUUCUAGUUUCUGCAACAAUUACCAAGUCUGAAGGGCGCAAACUCUACAUAAAGGGUACCAUACAGGAUGAGGCAGGAACUGUGUUAGCAGAGGCCGAUGUACUUUUCGUUGCUUUGAAGCAUAGAUUGUAG